AUGGCUACUAAUUGUUUGAGAUCUAAUGGGUAUAUUGGGGAUUUAAACCAGCUGUGCCAAGAUGCAGAUGUGCUCGGAGGGGAGCUGAGUGAAUCUGAUCGCCUUUCGUCUCUGAAACUCGCACAGGAACUCACUCGGUUACUUGAAAAACCGCGAGAUGCAAUGUUAAAGAUGUCAUUCUCGCCGGCCCAAAUUGUUGCUGUGAGAGUUGCUAUAGACAUGAGGAUUUUUAUAGCAUUAGCGGAGAAGGAUACACCCCUGACCCUUGACGAGUUAGCAGCUGUCAAGAAUGCUAAUCCCAUUCUGACUGGAUGGCAACUGAAGAGAAGGGCAGAGCGAGUGCUACGCCUUCUAAGUGCAAUUGGAUAUGUCAUUGAAAAUGACGUGAGAUUAUACUCUGCGAAUGAUAUUACCCGAGAAAUGAGUACUCGUCUGGGUUCCGCUACUAUCAGAUUAAUCAUAAUGAUCACCUUAGCCAAAAUUCCUGAAUGGAUUCGUCAGAUGAAGUUCCAGAAUCCCCCGGGAAGUAACGGCGCUUUCCAAUAUGCAGAAAACACAGGGGGGGGGGGGAUAUGGGACUAUCUACUUAUGAAGCCAGAGCUCAGUGACGAUUUCAAUACUUUUAUGGAGGCUAGUUCUGCGGAUCGUCCAUACUGGGGAAAUUGGUUCCCAGUACAGGAGCGAUUACUUGAUGAAUACACAGGCGGUGCGGGAGAUGCACUUCUAGUUGACAUAGCAGGAGGAAAAGGUCACGACAUCAAAAGAUUUCAUGCGAACUUCCCGGUGACGCCUGGGCGGCUUUUUCUCCAGGACCAGGAUCAUGUAUUAGCAGAAGCCGAGAUUGGGGAUCAUAUUGAGAAGAAUUCUAUUGAUCUAUUUCAGCCUCAGCCAGUCAGAGGUAAAAUAUGA